GGGGCCGGAGCUUACAACUGAAACCAGCUGAAACUAAAUAACAAAUCAAAACACGCUACUACUCCACUGACAAUGGAUGAGACAACAAGUUCACCUCCAGACUAUGACUUCUUUGGAACUACGUUCUCUUCUGAUUACACCGAUGACGACUACCUAACUGGGCCUACAGAUGACAGCGCUGGUAUAUGUGACCGCUCCUGGGUACGGGACUUCCGCGGCCAGUACGAGCCUCCUCUCUACUGGAUCAUCUUCAUCCUGGGUGCUGUGGGAAACCUUAUGGUGGUCCUGAUCUACUGCAGCUUUCGCAACCGCAUCAAAACCAUGACCGACAUCUACCUUCUCAACCUAGCAGUAGCCGACCUCCUCUUCCUGUGCACGCUACCAUUUUGGGCUAAAGACGCGUUGAUCGACUGGGGAUUCGGAGAGGGUGUGUGCAAGUGUGUCUCGGCUGUCUACAAAAUCAACUUCUUUAGCAGCAUGCUCCUCCUCACGUGCAUCAGUGUGGACCGCUACAUCGCUAUCGUGCAAGUGACCAAAGCACAAAACUUCAAGAAACAGAGACUCUUCUAUAGCAAGCUAGCAUGUUUAGCCGUCUGGGUAUUGUCCAUUCUUCUAGCCUUGCCAGAGUUUAUCUUCGCCACAGUGAAGACAAACCAAAAUGGCAGAUCUUCGUGCACACUCGUCUACUGGAACAAUGCUAACAAUAAAACGAAAAUCUUGGUGCUAGCUUUGCAAAUCUGUGUCGGUUUCAGUCUCCCGCUACUUUUCAUGAUUUUUUGCUAUUCCAUAAUCAUCCGCACACUUCUCCAGGCGAAAAAUUUUGAAAAACACAAGGCCCUACGUGUCAUUUUUGCAGUUGUUUUUGUUUUUAUCCUCUCCCAGCUUCCAUACAAUGGUUUUCUAAUUAUGGAAGCAACACAAGCGGCCAAUAUGACCAUCACGGAUUGCCCCACGCUGACAAAGUUUGAUGUGGCGGGGCAGAUAGCUAAGAGCCUAGCUUACACACACGCCUGCCUAAAUCCGUUCUUGUAUGUGUUCAUUGGGGUGCGUUUCAGACAAGACCUGCUCAAGAUAGUGAAGAUGAGAACGGGAAGCUUGAGCAAAGUGGGUCUAAUCAAAUCACCAACCAAUUCCAAGCGUCAACCAUCCAUCAUGUCCGACACUGAAACGACUCCGGCUCUGUCCUUAUAAAGUUAGGUGACAUCUGGUCUGGUUAGGGUCAUAUGGUGCUAAAAAAAAAAACCCAGCAUUUUAAAACUUUGACUCUUAUUAAAAUGUCACCCCCGUAUAGGGUUGAAAUAUUAAUCGCAAUAGAAUCAAAAUCGCAAUUUGAAUGGACGCAAUUAUGAAACAGCAAAAUAUCCUGUUUUAUCCUGCAUAAAAAUGAUGAACCCUGUAGUUUAGAUGUGUACAAACAUGUCCUGAAGUGAUGUGUAUUAGUUUGUCAGUUCAUUUUUUGUGAAUUCUUCUGGAUGCGUUUGAAAUCUCAAUGUUGAAAAUAAUCCUAAUAGUAAAAUAUAAAUUCCAAAUCUAAUUGCAAUGCUUGUCCAACAAAUACAAAAACAUAUAUUACCACAUCAUUCCAAUACUCAAAUUGCCUCCACUGUGCUGCUAACCCACUUUGAUGUUAGCAGCUGCAGGUUUUAGCCUAUUUCAAACUAAAUCACUCUUCAGUGUAUCAGCAAAUAGAGUCAGUCCACUAUUGGCAUUCAUAUACGCAAAUAAAAUAUAACAACAGAUAAAUGUUAUAUUUAAUCACUUAUGUGACAUUUUUUAAAUGUUCAGUUAUUCCAUGAUGUGGUGGCCAUGGCAAACAAAUAGGACUGAUUAUUAUGAAAGCCCUUCUUUGCUUUAUUGUUUGUUGACGUUUUCUCCCACUUUCUUUCAAAAUCGAAGUACCAUACUACUGACAUGUCACCAUCCCACAUGCAUUAAUAGUAAUUACAAAGUAGAUAUUAAAAUGGAUGUUUAUAUACCUCAUGCUGUCAUUCCAUGUGUAUAAAGUGUAAAUAUCUGUAAAUAUGUGUAUGUGUUUUACAUUGUGAGGGAUUCAGCAUUAUUUCUUAUACUUUUGUUACAUUCUGUGUUG